AUGGAACAACCCGCUGGCUCACUUCCGCUCCGGCAGGCAUCUGCUUCAUUUUCUGAGGUGGCGGCAUCACAAGGCCAUACCACCAAGCUGGAGGCCAAUAAGGCCAUCCGCCAGUAUUUUGAAUACAAUGGCCUUUUAUCUUCUGAAAACGACGCUCCAAAUGGACUCAAAAGCACGAGGUGGACUGACAUCCCUGAAAUACCCACGGAGAAGGAGCUCAUGGGUCUCACUGGAAUUUACAAAGAGCGAAAAGUAUUUCUGCGGCCAAAUUUGAUAUCGCAGCCGUGGAUAUCUACUGAAGAAUACCUGGAAGUUCACUACAAGCUGCUUCGAGAGGAUACAGUGGCGCCGCUCCGAGAUGCGAUUUCAUGGACCCGUGCAAAUUCAAGCACGCUGGACAAGAAGGACGUCUUCAUUUAUGAGAAUGUCCACUUCAUCCGAGCGACAAUGACUACUCUAGGCAUCGCAUUUCGCAUUCGGUUCUCUACUAGACGCGCUGGCAAGAGGAUCUUAUGGAAGUACUCAUCUCGUCUAAUUCCUGGCACUUUAGUUGCCUUGUCUCCAGCUGACGACUGCUUUCAAACCAAGUGUGUGGUUGCCACUGUCGCGGCACGACCACUGGAAAGAGUCAUAGCCUACCCUCCCGAAGUCGAUAUCUACUUUGCCAACGUGGACGACAUCGAGAUCGACCCCCAAAAGGAAUGGAUAAUGACUGAAUCUCCACAAAGCUACUUUGAAGCAACUCGCCAUACAUUGACAGCUCUAAAAAAGCUAGCAAAAGAGAAGUUGGUUCUAAUGCUCAGCAGAUUCCCCCUCAGUCGUCAUAUCUGUCAGUUGGAUAAAGAUGUCAAAGUAUCUUCUGACAUCGAAGCCAAUCCAGUUCUAAACUUCCAGCCUCUCACACAUACCCUUCGAGAUAAGGGCCCCUCCUACAAUGUACUCAAUGAGCUGCCUGCAGAGCCCCUAGGAAAUCUAAAUCAGCUUCAGUGGCAAGCCCUCAAGGCAAUCAUCACACAGCAGCUCGUCCUUGUCCAAGGACCCCCGGGCACAGGGAAGACGCACGUUUCCGUUGUUGCUUUAAAAAUCCUUUUAUCGAAUAUGGCUACAGGAGCUCCCCCUAUCAUCGUGGCCGCUCAUACAAAUCAUGCCCUAGAUCAGCUCAUUCGACAGAUAGCCACGUUUGAGAAGAACUACGUUCGACUUGGCGGGAGAAGCAACGACGUCAAUAUUCGUCAAAGAACAUUGUACAACCUGAAGAUAACUCAUAGGUCCCAUGUCUUGGUUGGUGGUCUUAAAGGACCCGCUCGAAAGGAGCUUCGAAAUGCAGAGGUUUCUGUUAUCAGUUUGUUACAGCUACUUGAAUGCGCAAAUACUGGUCAAGAACCACUGCAAGCUGCAUAUUUCUUACAGUAUAGCCUACUCACUAAAGAGCAAGUAGAAUCCUUGAAUCGUGAUGACGAGAACUGGGAACAUGUUGGCCAUGUACAAGCAACAGAUCCCUUCAAAGCAUGGCUGGGAGAUCAGAUAUUUCCUUUUCGCCAGGUUUAUGAGAGCGAGAGCAAUCAUGUCACCCUUAGUGAUAUCGACGAAGAAUUUGAACAGCUAAGGGACCUUGAGGCUGAGCAGGGCCCUGAAGAUGGCCACUUUGAAGGCCUUAAGGGGAGAGCCGUGGAUUUUGAUAUGUCCUUCUGUGGAAAACAACGUCACUCCAUUUCAGAAUGUAAGAUACAACAUUACCUCCAGAAGUCUGAUUUAUGGAAAAUUCCAAUCCAGGCGCGCGGUUCGAUCUAUAACUAUCUCCGAUCAAAACUACUCGAGAUUCUACAAAAAAAAGUACGGGCAGCUGGGAAGCAGUACGCCAAUGCUUCUAAGGGAGUAUUUAUUGGCACCUGGGAACAAAACUAUGAGAUCCUCCGAAAAGCCAAAUUGAUCGCGAUGACGACUACGGGUCUUAGCAAAUACCGCGGCCUUGUAGCCAGUCUAAAUCCCAAAAUUGUUUUAAUCGAAGAAGCUGCUGAGGUGAUUGAAGCUCCCGUUGCAGUGGCUUGUUUUGAAUCAAUUCAACAAUUGAUCCUCGUUGGCGACCAUAAACAACUAAAAGGCACUUGCUCUUUGCUUGAUUUGACCGGGUAUCCAUUUUACCUAGAUGUGUCAAUGUUCGAGCGAUUGACGGGGAACAACCUGCCAUUUUUUAUGCUCAGAAAACAACGGCGCAUGACGCCCGAGGUGAGUGAUCUUCUUAAGCCCAUCUAUGGCCAACUUGAAAAUAACUCCUCCGUCUAUUCUUACCCUUCCAUUCCUGGAAUGGGGAACAUCAAGGUAUUCUUUUUCAACCAUGAAUGGCAAGAAAACGGGGAUAGUCUUUCUUCCAAGCUCAACGAGAUGGAGGCGCUCAUGCUUGUCGAGUUCUAUGUCUACCUUCUCAUGAAUGGUAACCCCGUGAGUUCUAUCACCAUAAUGACAUUUUACAAUGGACAGAGGAAGCUCUUACGGAAGAUGAUAAAGGAUCACAAGUCUCUGACGUAUCUCUCUCCCAAGGUCAUGACCGUUGAUUCGUACCAGGGAGAAGAGAACGAUAUUAUUCUCCUCUCGCUGGUUCGCAGCAAUUCCAAAAAUGGUAUUGGAUUUUUGGCUGUCGAUAACCGCGUUUGUGUGGCAUUGUCGCGAGCGAGACAUGGCUUUUUUCUCUUUGGCAACGGAAAAUUACUCUCGUCUGUCAGUCAGCUGUGGAGUCAAAUCCUCAAGACCAUGGCUUCUGAUGCAAACAAGUUACGCAUUGGCUCUAGCUUGCCACUGACCUGCCAAAAGCAUGGCUAUCAUACUGGCAUAAAAGAAGACGUACACAUUCUUUCCUCUGACGAACAAGUUAGCCCGCCGCAUAAACGCCCUGCCCUGGGGGUAAACGGUCUACCUCAGAGACCGAAGGUCUUGAAUUCGGCCAGAACCACCAGGCCUCACAAUGUGUCACCAAAAGGAAAGUCCAAUGGACUCAGUUCCAGGAGUAAACAGCUUGUCACCACAGGCCAUCAAAGGUGGACUGCAUUUUCUGUUGGAGGUGCGAAGGAGAUGGAUCAAAGUCUUCAAGUGCUGUCAAGGGCCGAAAACCUGGAAUCGGAAGAUGUGAAGCGUGCACUCAAACACGUUGACCUGAAGUUCCUUCCAAAGAAUCUAGUUGAGCGUUUGGGGAAAAAGACGCAAAUGCGAGAGGAGAAGGCCAGCGAGAGUAAGAAGGAGGAGCAGAAAACGGAUAGUGAGGCUAAUGAUGAAAAUGGAAGUGGAAAUGCCAAUCAAUACCCACUCUUGGACGUCUCUAAUACGGAGCCUUCCGUCCCGGUGGGGAUGCUUAUCGACUUGACUUUUUAG